CUUCCAAGAAGGGGGGCGUGGCUGGAGCAGCAAACAAGUUCUACUUUGUGUUAGCUGGCCUGAUUUGCUGCUUCUUUUGCUUGCUUUACAGCUUGCUGAAGUAAGCAAAAACGUUUUUAUAUAGAUAUCACUGGAGUCAUAGCCAACUUAUUCAGUAGAAGAAAGCUUGCAGAACCUGCAAUACACCAGCCCCUCCCCCUUUCAGUUGGAUGGAAGGUUCCAGAAGAACCAGUGCUCGCCAACAGAGUGCUAUAAUUCAGCAUGCAGUGCACCCACCUCAAGGGACGGCAUCAGUAAAACCUGUAGCCAGGCAGCAACCUAUACCAGUGUGUGCAGUACAGCCAGGUCGAGUACUGGAGAUGAGAACAAGCCUUGGUCUGUUGCGAGCAAGACAACUCUUGCAGCAACAAGUAUCCUCUAGUGAUGAUGAGGAUGAGCAAACCCAGCAUCAAGCUCAGAGACUGGUUCGCAACAGAGCCCAACUAAAGUCUGCCAGGCUUCAGCCACUAGGAAUUGUGGAGGAUGAAUUUACCUCCUCUCAACUAUGUCUGGGAGUUGUACCAGCAAGGAGCAGCAGGUGUCAGAGGCCCAGAUCUUCCACCACACACGGAGUACAAUUUGAUAUCUCAGGGUUACAGAAAAAAGUACCUAAAGGAAGACGAAGAAGUCGCUCGGCGAUUCUUGCAAGAACUGUUGACACAGAACACUUGAUGAAGUUGCUAUCGGUUUCCAAACAAACAGGCUUUCAUCCUCAGAACAGCCCGAGAGACCACAAUGAACUGAGCACUGUGGGAGGUCAAUCACCUUCUGUACCUGUAGUACUAAAACCAUUACCCCGGGCCCCUGUAGUGAAGUAUGAUGGUGAACUAGGUAUGAAAGUUGAGGUCAGAGGUCUUCGCCAGACUGAACAACACACUGCACAUUCAAAAAAUGCAACUGAACUCUCACCAAGAAGACAAAAGCUACCUCCGAUAGCCAAAACACCAUUGCCUGUAAAACAAAUAGAACCGAUCAGUAGCUACCGGAAGCGAUCGUCAUCCACACCAACAACGAUCAUUACUCCAAGAAGACCCUCCACCACUGAGCCGAUACGAGUGAGUAUAGUGUCAGUAGGAGAGGCCGUGAUUACAGAGGAGCAGACCAGAACACGACGGCAGAAGAGAAAGAGCAGUGCGAGGUUAAGCCAUGGCUGGAGUCCACCACAAACAGUAGAGCCAAUCACAGGUAGUGCGAUGAUUGGAACAAGUAGAGAACAUUCUCCUCGGAGCAGAGAGGGGUGUGUGAGAGAAGAGGGUGCAUCCAUCAACCCUAAUAAUAGCAUGCUCAUUAAAGUUAAUGUCAAUGAAUAUUUGGACGGUAAUUAGUCAAUCACAUCAUGUUUCAUCUUAUUUUUGAGUAAUAUAUAGAGUGAAUUGUUCAAGAUAAUUUAUAUACGAAAGGGAUGAAAUGAGAGUACAAACCGCACAACAAUAAUACGUUGUCUAAUUACUCAUCACUAGUUUCAGCGUCUUCAGUAAAAGCUUUCUUAGCUUUAUCAAUCUGUUCUUUCAUCAUCAACAAGUCUUUAACUCUUGAAUACUUCUUAGCAUCCUUACGAAUGAUGAAGAUGAUAUCAUUCACUUGCACUCGACCAUUUUUCCCGACAUCCAUAGCUUUAUGAGUCAUCUCAGUUAUAAAUCGAAUAACCAUCUCCUCAAUCAAGUCCACGGUCUCAGCGUAAGGAUUGGGGUCGUCUCCGAAGCCUCUCAUCAUACUCAUGAGCUCGCGAUGAAACAUCCUUUUUUUCUUGGCCGGAGGGGGUCCUGGUUCGUGGGUUACGGCUGGUUCACUCUGACUGUGUUGUAAGGCCGAGGAAUGGGAGCGAGGAGAGUAGGAGAUGCCUGAUGAGGACUGCGAUUUGGGCAUCGGUGCUG